CUUCCGCAUCGGUUGGGAGCCGGGUUGCAGAUGGAGCGGCGAGGGAAUGGAAAUUAAAUGUAUAGCGCCGCAGAUGCCUUUGAGGCGUUUCAUAUUGUGUAUAUAUGUUGUAGGGUUUAUGGAUCUAUUUGGUGUUAGUAUGAUCAUUCCGUUGCUAAGCCAUCAUGUCAAGUCUCUUGGAGCAACCCCAACAGUAGCAGGAAUUAUAGGUUCAGUUUAUGGAGUCCUCCAGCUCUUUUCUAGCACUUUGGUUGGAAGUUGGAGUGAUGUUAUUGGAAGAAGACGCUCAUUGUUGAUGUGUGUUACAUUCAGUGCUUUGGGAUAUGGCCUUCUUGGUGUUUCCAGCACACUGAUUUUAUAUAUACUUGCAAGAAUUCCAGUUGGUAUUUUUAAACACUCACUUUCAAUUUGCAAAGCACUUCUGUCCGAUCUAGUCUCUGAAAAUGAGCGACCGCUGGUGAUUGGCCAUUUCAAUGCUGUUUCUAGUGUGGGUUUCAUUCUUGGACCAGCUGUUGGCGGUUAUCUUACUGAACUUGAAGGUGGUUUCUACAUUUCCUCCUUUAUUUGCUGUUCACUUUUUAUUUUGAAUGCAGGUCUUGUAUGGAUCUUACCCUGGGAUGACACUGCUGUUGCUCAAAGUCAUUUUUCUAACAAUAAAAAAAAUCAUCGCAGAGAUAGAGCACAACCCUGGACUUCAAAUGUGGAAAACAGUCUAAUCUCAAUGGCUUCCAUUAAAACACAUUUUAAACCUGCAUGGAAUGAGUUUACCUCAGUUCUUCAGAAGAUCAGUAUUGUUCUUAGUUCAAACCUGUGGGAUGUUUUUUCAAUCCGUUUUCUAAUGACCUUAGCAGUCAUGCUUUAUUAUAGUAACUUUGCACUGGCAUUGGAAGAGAGGUUUUUUUUAAAACAAAAAAUGACAGGUUACCUCAUAAGCUACAGUAGCACAAUUGGAGCUUUUGCUGGCUUCUUAGUUGGACCAAUAACAAAACUCUAUCUUGGCAAUACAUAUUCAAUGCUGCUGCAUUCAAGUAUUCUCACCUGCUGUCUUAUAUUUUUUUAUGCUAGUGCAGUUGCUUUUUGGCAAGUUUUUUUGUGUGCCACAUUUUUUUCCAUUUCUACAACUAUAGGACGAACAUGCAUUACAGAUCUAGAACUUAGGUGUGGUGGAACACAGGCCAGUGGGACCUUGAUAGGAGCUGGACAGUCAAUAGCUGCUUUGGGCCGUGUAGCUGCCCCUAUACUUUCAGGAUUUGCUCAAGAAUUCAGUCCCUGUGGACCUCCAUGGCUUGGAGCAAUACUAGCAUUAUCAGCUGUGAUGCUAAUGCUGUUCAGAAUACCACAAGAGAAUGAAAGUAAAAAAAUUAAAAUAUAGUAAUAAAGCCGUUCUGUGUUUUGUACUUAAAGUGGCUGGUUGAGAGAGUAUUCUCAUUGGUAUUUGUAUUAAUAUAAUUUCAUGUCUUACCUAAUUGCCAUGGAAAAUUAAGUUUAACAAUUUACUUCCUGGAUGAAUUAAUCUACAUAGUUUGUUUAAAGGUAAGUAAAAGCACUGUGUUGUGAAUUUAUUCAUAGCUUUUUAUAAAGGUGUAAAUCUGGUUCCUACCUAACACCAGAGAAUGAGCAUUAACAACUACCAAAAUCUACACCUUUCUCACAUGCUACUGUGACACUACAUUUAUUCAGAAAGGAAAGAAUUAAAAGAAAAAAAACAUUUUGUAGGAUUAUAAGUGCAAAAUAAGACCCCAGAUGUAAAG